AUGGUGCCCAAGUUGAGAGUACUGGCGGGGCCCUCGCCGGACGAGAUGGAGCCCAUUACGGCGUACGUGAAUUCGGGGAGGGCGUACCCUAUCAGGUCGGACGCGUUCGAGGGCAAGCUCGUAGUGGAGAUCAAGGGUUUCGUGCCCGAGGGUGCGGAGGCGCCGAGCGACGACAAGGACUACUUCUGCAGGCCGGAUAGGAAGGGCGUUACCUGGAGCAUACAAGUGCAAGGGAGGUUUCUGCAGCCUCAUUCGGCGGACGAUAUCCUAUUCGGCAACACCUUUGACCGGCCGCUGCAACUACCAUGCUACUGGUUCAGGGGGUCGGGUGCAGCGUUGAAGUUUAUGAAGUUCGUGGACCCGUCGCUGGACCACGAUUUGGCGUCCUCUUCCAAGCCAUGGGCACUCUCGCCCCUUAUAACUACCAUGCCCUACUUUGCGCAUACACGGGCAUCCUCCUCAGGGGCCCCUGCAUUUCCCUCACACAAGUCGGUGCAGGAUGACACGUCGGAGCUGCACCACGCGUCCUCAGCGACAUCGCUGCCGUACAACCUCGCCGGUUCAGAUAAGAGGAGAGCCUAUUUCCGCGACACCGCGCAUCGGCGAGAGGUCCAAUUUGGUCCACAGGACGUGAUCACCACCGACUUCUGCUAUGGCUUUCUCGAGUUCAGCCCGACGCUCUCCCUCCGACUACCGGGCGGCAUCUCCUUUGACCUCAUGAAGUACUGGGACGGCCAGCCCGUGCGCUUCGUCUGCUGCGAGCGCAACCCGCAGUACCAGACGAAGAAGGGCGACAGCAGGUGGAGCACCCCUAGCAGCAGCCGGCGCGGGUCGCCGACCUCGUCUGGGCGGACGACGCCGGACGUGGAGCCCUGGGGGAGCAUGUUUUGGUGCGUGGCGAUUGAGCUUGCGGAAGAUAGGGAUGAGGAGGACGGCGAAAGGACAGCUAGGAUCGAUGGACGCUUCCCUUUGUGAUAGACAUUAUAUUCAUUCGGACAUUGUGGUCGUAUGAUACAUUACGUUAGUAGGACACGCGUACAACAUUAGAUAUGG